UGGCGGGAAAGCGAAGUGUUUUGCUAUGUACUAGCUAUCUCUGAUCUUCUUUCUGUAUGACUAGUAUUAGUAGCCUGCAUAAUGGGAGACUCGGUGCCGGCGGCGCUGCGACGGCGAGUCGUCCAGAGCUUCAAAUUGCAGGGGCUCACCCUCCAGAGUGGCGCCACGUCGGUUCUGGCGGAGGUCCUGGAGCCCUACCGGGACUCCGGGGACCUGGAUGAGAUAGUGGAGCGUAUCGUGGAGGCCGUCCAGCAGCAACCGCUGUCUUCAUCACUCAUUGGGAGAGAGACAGUUCUAGCUGCAGUGGAGGAGGUGAACGAGGCCUCAGACGCUGACAAAGAGAAGGCACUGGUGGUCAUAGACGCAUUUGAAAUCCCCAAGUUCACCUACAACCCGGACCAGAAAAGGUUCCUCCCAGUUCCCAGGUCGUCUCUCUCACUCCAUUCCUCUGCCGGCGAUAAAGCUGCCCUAUUUCGGAGUCGCUACACUCUCAUUCUUCAGCAGACGGCUCGUCACGAACUCUUUGCACCCACAACCUUUGGCCAAUCGGCAAGCACCGACGACUCAAACUCCCGGUUUCAACUGCACAAGGUCGAAGGUCUUCUCGGCCAGACUGGCUUCGUGGACAAGGUCAUAGUACUCGGGAUACUGACUAGGAUCAAGGAGGGCAAGGUUCACCUGGAGGACCCCACAGGGUGCGUGGAGCUAGACCUCGCAAACACUGUAUUUCACACCGGUCUCUUCGUCGAGAGCAGUCUGGUUCUAGCUGAAGGCGUCUUUGAAGAGAAGGUGUUCCACGUGUCGGCUGUUGGUUUCCCUCCUCCAGAACCUCCGUCUGUCACCAGGAACUAUUUCGGGAAUGUCAAUUUCUUUGGCGGUCCGUCCACCGUGUGUGCCAAGUCCUCUGAGAAGCUCCAGGCAAUGCUGGCCGAGAACGAAGACGCCAUGUUUGUGUUUCUCUCGGACAUCUUCCUCAACGAGCCGAGAGUGAUGGAGAGACUCGCCACUCUGUUCUCGGGGUACUCCGAGGCCCCGCCCACUGCCAUUGUCCUAAUGGGUGACUUUAGCUCCGCCCCCUACGGCCCGCUGACCAAUCAGAAGCUGAGGGAGGAUUUCAAAUCCCUGGCGGAACUGAUGAUGAGGUUUCCAACUCUCGUGAAAAACUCGCAGUUUCUCUUUGUCCCUGGCCCCCAGGAUCCCGGGCCAGGAAACCUCCUCCCGCGACCCCCUAUUCCUUCCGUCUUGACCUCGGACCUCACGUCUCGGGUCCCCACGGCCAAGUUCUGUUCCAAUCCGGUCCGGAUCCAGUUCUGCACGCGGGAGAUCGUCGUGUUCCGGGACGACAUUCUGGGGAAGAUGUGUCGCAACUGUGUCCGAUUUCCCACCAAGUCGGCCGACCUUCCGACACAUUUCACAAAGACACUGCUCUCGCAAGGACACCUCUGUCCCCUCCCCCUUCACUCCCGCCCCGUUUACUGGGCUUUUGACCACGCCCUUCAGCUCCACCCACUCCCCGAUCUGGUCGUCAUUGGCGACAAGUGUGACCCGUUCACCGUGACGUCAGGCGAGACGACAGUCGCAAACACUGGUUCAUUCCUUCGCAGUGACUUUGAGUUCAAGGUCUACAUGCCAUCCAGUGGACAAGUGGAGGAUAGCAAGAUCGCCAACUAGCAACUGACAAUGCCAGCUAGCACCAGAUUAUAAUGCACAUUGUACAGAGUCCUAAACUAACACCUUAAUUUUACCAAUUGCUGUUGCUGAACGUGAUCGUUGCUGGCGUUUGCUUUUUC